GUUAGAACUAAAUCCAGAUUAUGUCCCUUGCAGCGGUUGAGUUUGACACCUCUGUUCUGGGGUUCAUCUAAAACGAUAACUCAAUAACACAGUCUCUGUAGUCCAAUGAGAUUUGACGGAGUUCUCAAACCUCAAUAACACACUCUCUGUAGUCCAAUGAGAUUUGACGGAGUUCUCCUCUAACUCGCUGUCUGAGCGAUGCGCGCUCCCGCGGAGUGCGCGUGGUUGUCGGCGGCAGAACACCGGGAUGCUCCUACGCGGCUGGAAAUGCCUCGGGAGGUGAAGGAGCCUGCCGUGUACCUACUUGAAAGCAAACAGCUCCGUAGGUUUUAUUUCCUUCAAACCAAAAAAAGUUCUUGAACACAUUGGAGCUAAUUGUUUUGUUUUGACAUCUCCAGUGAGGAUUUUUUCGCCUUUGGAGCUCAUAAGUUUGGACGGCUAACAGCUAAAGCUACACCGACUUUUGCUAAUGCUAGGUAAAUAUCACGAACGCCUUUCGGAAGAUUCAUCUCAGUACCAACAAAAACUGUGCGGUUAGAGGUCAUACUGUACCAAAGUUUCAUUAGGAAUAGCAGUAUGCUUUUCUCGAGCAAGAUGCGACGCUUUUUCUCACGUUAUACACAAUACUAAAUGUCUGUGGUUAGCCUGUUCUUAUGUUAGCCGUCGUUGCUAGUAACUUCAGCAAGAGAUAUUCGGCGAGCUAACCACCACCACCAUAGUCCUGCUGUUCACGAUUACCCUCCACUGCUUAAAGCGGGCAACUUGCAGUCAUGUUUGAAAUGGAGACGCAUAUAUCGUGCCUUUUCCCGGAGAUCCUGGCCAUUAUUUUCAGCUAUCUGGACGUUAAAGACAAAGGAAGAGUCGCCCAAGUGUGCGCGGCCUGGAGAGACGCGUCCUACCACAAGUCUGUGUGGAGGGGGGUGGAAGCCAAGCUCCAUCUGCGGCGAGCUAACCCGUCUCUGUUCCCAAGUCUGCAGACCAGAGGGAUCAAAAAGGUUCAGAUUCUCAGCCUGAGGCGAAGUCUGAGCUACGUGAUCCAGGGGAUGCCGCACAUCGAAAGCCUUAAUCUUUGUGGAUGUUUCAACCUCACAGACAACGGACUCGGACAUGCCUUUGUGCAGGACAUCCCGUCCCUGCGGGUACUCAACCUCAGCCUCUGCAAACAGAUCACUGACUCCAGCUUGGGGAGGAUCGCUCAGUAUCUAAAGAACUUGGAGGUGCUUGAACUAGGGGGGUGCAGUAAUAUCACGAACACGGGCCUGUUGCUCAUUGCCUGGGGGUUGCACAGACUCAAGAGCCUAAACCUGCGCAGUUGUAGGCAUGUGUCCGAUGUCGGUAUCGGUCACCUGUCCGGCAUGACCCGCAGCGCCGCAGAGGGCUGCCUGUCCCUGGAGAAGUUAACACUACAGGACUGCCAGAAGCUCACUGACCUGUCCCUCAAACAUGUCUCGAAGGGCUUAAACAAGCUUAAAGUGCUGAACCUUAGCUUCUGUGGGGGGAUAUCUGAUGCAGGCAUGAUCCACCUCUCACACAUGACCCACCUGUGCAGCCUCAACCUGCGCUCAUGCGAUAACAUCAGCGAUACAGGGAUAAUGCAUCUAGCCAUGGGUUCCCUCCGGUUGUCUGGACUCGACGUCUCCUUCUGCGACAAGAUUGGAGACCAAAGCCUGGCUUACAUUGCUCAGGGGCUGUAUCAGCUCAAGUCCCUCUCUCUGUGCUCCUGCCACAUUAGCGAUGACGGCAUCAAUAGGAUGGUACGCCAGAUGCACGAACUCAAGACUCUCAACAUCGGACAGUGUGUACGGAUCACAGACAAGGGGUUGGAGUUGAUAGCUGACCACUUGACCCAGCUGACUGGGAUUGAUCUGUAUGGUUGUACUAAAAUCACCAAGAGGGGUCUGGAGAGGAUAACACAGCUGCCGUGCCUUAAAGUGUUAAACCUCGGACUCUGGCAGAUGACUGAAAGUGAGAGAGUGAGGUGAAAGCUCUCUCGUGGAUAUGAUACUCUGUGAUGUACUAAAAAGGACUGCUUGUAUUCAUUCUUAAUUUUACCUUCUACUUUGUGACUAAAAACAAGGCAAGGGACUCUUGAUUGAUCACUGGAAUAUUGUUGCAAUACUCCACUCUCUCUCAUUCACAUAAACAUUCAGCCUUGAGCUCCUUUUUGAUGUGCAUUGUUAAAUCUCAGCCUGUGUACAGUUCUCACUCUCUAGCUACCUCAUCUGUCAAACACAGGAGUGCCUACUACCGCAGAAGACUAAAUUACAUUGCGUAUUUUUGUGAUUUGAAUACCAAUGGAGAUUUGUUAUUAAAAAGAUUCUCAGUGAAGAUUAACAGUUAGGUAUUUUUACUCUUAACAAAAAGGCUGGAGUACCUUGGCCUUAAGUUUUUAUAGAAUGUCUUUUCGGCUGAUGUAUUUUUUACUUGUGUAACCAAUAUUUUUUUGUAUUGAAUGACUGUUGUUGACAAAAUUGUACUUCAAAUUGAAGUGGGUGGAUUACUCCCGUCUGUCUUAGUUUACUUCUGUAUAGUUGGCUAUGUUUCAUAUUCCUGAGGAAAUAACUAUGAAUGCUACUCCUGCAAAGGUUCAACAACAUAGCUAGGCAAGGUGUAGUAAUUCACAGCUGCCAAGGCCAUAUGCAAUAACAAACUGUCAGUGUUUUUCUCCUGAGGAGCUUCCAACAGUAGCGUCAGAGUAUUUGUUUAAAAAAAGCAGUAAUUUAAUAUUGUUUUAUACUCAUACCAUAGUGAUAUUUAUGAAUAAAGAUGGCAAAUAUGUUUCAGUUCUUUAA